AUGGUAUUGGCGGCACCAAUGGUGCGAAUGCCAUUGGCGGCACCAGUUGGCAUCGCAAUGGCUGAAUUGAUUCAAAGCAGUAUUAGACGCAUAUCUGAUAUGGCUAAUAACACAGACUCGUUCCGAGUAUUAAGGGGCCGCGUGAGUGUUUUAAAGAUAGCUCCGGAUGCACGAUUUAUGCCGUACCUGGAGCUAGCCGGAUUUGGGUCAGUAGCAUUGAUCCGGUCCUCCGGCUUGCGAUUUGAUUUAUUAUCCGCGCUAGUGGAGCGGUGGCGUCCAGAGACCCAUACUUUCCAUUUUCCGUGUGGGGAGUGCACGGUGACGUUGGAGGACGUUGCAGUGCAGCUUGGACUCCCAGUUGACGGGAGUCCCGUUACGGGACUAUCUUCAUUAACGGAUCCGGCUGCAGUUUGCUAUCAACUCCUAGGAGAGUCACCAGAGAACGGUGAUAAAUAUUUUUCUGGUAUAAAAUUUACAUGGCUAAGAGCCAAAAUUUGUCGACUAUCAGCGGCCGCCAGUGAAGGUGAGUUGAUGUGCGCUGCUCGAGCGUACAUCAUGCAUUUGAUAGGGGCACUACUCAUGCCUGAUGCAAACGGCGACAGUGUGCAUUUGUCGUACUUGCCUCUGCUUGCUGAUUUGUCCACGGCUAGGUCGUACAGUUGGGCGACAGAGCCGAAAGUUAAAGACAUCGGCGGAUGCCUCAUGCUGCUGCAGUCAUGGGCACUUUAUUGGAUGCUAUUUUUGGCACGCGUUAGUCACCAACCCUAUAUAUAUCCACUGCCACUCAGGUGGAUGACCCGUCCAGGCAUCGGGAAGUCGUGUGAUGUCCCGAUAUACCGCAUGAGGAUUGAACAGCAUGCCCGGGAAGGGUUUAUAUGGAUGCCGUACCGGAGGCCGGAAAUUACAAAUGUUGUACCCCCGUCCGCACUCGUUGAUUCCCACACAUGGUGCACAAACACACCAAUUAUAAAUUUCAACGUCGUCGAGUGGUAUCACGGUGAUCGGGUGCUUCGGCAGUUUGGCUGCAUCCAACCUAUCCCGGAUCCACCGUGCCAGUUGGGGGAAGAUCACGGCUUGACAAAGAGAGGAAGAGUUCAAUUAGACUGGGGAAUAUAUCACCGGAAAUACGUCGCACUGUGGUACGAUCGAUUGCGCCGAAUUCCUCAGAUGGUUAUGGCUACCGACCUGUAG